CAUGGGAGCUUAAAUUUCCAGCAACCUCAAGCUUUGAACAUUUUUCUCUCUUUCCCCACUUCACUUUCUCAUUAGUCCAACCUCCUCCCACCACCAUUGGAUCCACUGCUCUUGGAAAUCGGUCCGACUGUCCUUAAUCUCAAACUAGAAACAUUUUCUUAAGUAAACAUUUUGAUCAAUUACCAGGAUUUUUCGACAUGGACAAGGUGAUGAGGUUGGCCUCAGAGAAUGGAUUAGUGCUAUUCAGCAAGAGCUCAUGUUGCUUGUGCUAUGCGGUCAAGAUUCUAUUCCAAGAGAUCAGGGUGACCCCGACGGUCCAUGAGCUCGAUCAAGACCCCGAAGGGAGGGAAAUGGAGAGCGCGCUCUCGAGGUUGGGGUAUAGUCCGCCGGUUCCGGCCGUCUUCAUAGGUGGAAAGCUGGUGGGUUCCACCAAUGAAGUCAUGUCCCUCCAUCUAAGUGGAGGGCUAAUACCUUUGCUCAAGCCAAAUCACUCUAUGUUAAAUUAAGCACUUUCAAUUAUCACGCUAAAAAGGAAAAAAAACUAAAUAAAAUUGGCUAAAAUUAAUCAAACUGCUCACUUUGAGGAGUGGUAAUGUGUAUUGCUGUAGUUUGUGUAGCUUUCAUUGUCUCUCAUGUGCUUUGUACGUAUAGCUCUUGAUUAGCUUGUAACAUGUUUUAUUCUUAAAUUAAUGAAGUCAACUUUA